AGUCUCUCGACCAUUGGAAAGAUACAAAGAACAAAGACUAGAAGGAACAUGUCUCAAUUAUGGUCAAUCGAUUCCAGAACACAAACGUCACUGCCGGGCUCGUGCUCGCAACUACUACUUUAUUCCUGUCGUCACCACCUCCUGUGCCGCAUUUGAUGGCUUAUAACUCUCCAAUCAUUCUGCUGUGCUUGUUAUCUAUGAAACUAGUACCGCUCACAAAGACAUGGAAACCCUCAAGCACAGCACAUGCCACGAUACCAAGUCAUCGCGCUGCUGCUAUGGCUAGCAUACCCCUCAAUCUGUCUGUCAGUGCCACUUGCUUUUUGUUUGUGGCUAUCUUUAUCGCCUGCUUCAGGUCCGACAAUGCCAUCGUCAAUAUCAUAACUAUCUUGGCUUGUGUGGCCUUCCUUUCAAACGGAGCCCUUAUGCUCUACGUUUUCGCCAUUGUAGGCAGAAAGCCGGCCAAUGGUAAAAAAACCACCCCCACACAAGAGAUUCUUUCACGCAAUAUCAAUAAUAUCAUAGAUUCCAUCCCAUCAACUCGCCGACGCACCCGUCUUCAAACUACAGCAUAUCUUCUUGGUGCCCGUAAAGAACUGCCCGAAGUCACUGGCGAAGAGAAGAAAGACCCGAGCAGCCUCAAGCUUUCGAGAAAGUCGAGUUUUCGCAUUCCUUUGAAUACCAUGGACAAGGACAAAUCUACAACGUAUGUAGACAACUUCUAUGCCGAGUCAGACCAUCCACUAGAUAUACUCGACUCCACGAGGGCCGCAAUGAAUCUUUCGAAGAAGUACGAGCACUUGGGUUGGCGUCUGUCUACAGCCCGCCGCAUGGACCCACCACAUCGCCUUUUGACUUCCCAGGACAUCGCUAGCGCUUUCAAGGCUGUGAGGGCGGAGCAGGUGUCUGGACGGAAAAAGAAGAAGGUUGUGAUUGAAAUCGUCAACACUGCAGGUAUUGUGUCCGAUCCAUCCCUUCUAUACGUGAAGGAACUCGAGAAUGUGAAGAGAAGAUUAUGUUGCGCUGAGCAUCAGCUCGGAGGUUCAGAGAACACAUUUUGUUGGGUAGAUGUGUCGCAGCCAGACGCUCCACACUAUCCGAUAUGUACCCAAGACCUCCAGGAGUGGGCUAAACAUCUGUACGACACUCGAGAUCCGGAUAGCACCUGUGCUACUCUACCCAACACGCCUUAUUUCGAUGACAUUCGCAAGACACGUCAGGCAAGAACUGCGUCACCGCUUCAAUGUAUCCCAACCGAGCUCAUAUCACCCAUUAUCCAUAAUCAUGUUCACCUCUCAUCUGCCAUCGACAACACGUGGGCUUCUAAUGAUGCGCAUUCUGUACAGCAACUUGAAAGUCAGGGCCCUAUGGCCGCUCCGCAACCACUUAAAAGGACAUUUGCACUCUACAUGGAGAGUGAUGAAGAAAGUGACGAUGAAGAACCGCCGAAAGACAUUGACGACGUCAUCACAACCAUCCAUUCUCGCUACCCUGCUAUGGACUUCCCUCGGUAUGGAGAUAUGCUGAAGGAGCGCGGCAUAUUGUAUCUGCCGACUGCAGCGCAUUUUGGUAGCCGAUUUUAUGUGGAGAAGGUUGGUAUGUCGGAGGGUGCUGCGGUCACAUUUCAUACUCGUGUUUGUGAAGCUCACAUGAAGGAGGAACGUGCGAGAGCACGGAGGAAGGCUAAAGGCAAACAGAAGGCACGAGCUGAUGACACUGAUAAGGAAAAUAUCCAAGCUCUCGAAUAG